AUGGACGACCGCAGUGCCCUCACCGAACUGCAGCGCCAGUUUGAGAUCCUUCGGAAGCAACAGGAGAGGAGACACCUGGACCUGAAGAAGAAUUUCCCGCUUGGAAAUACAGAAGACCUGGGACUGUCUAGACAACAUGUUCCAUCUGAUACAGCAGACAACAGACUAAAGAACAAGAACGAGAUCUUAACUUUACUCCACAGACUAAAGAACAAGAACGAGAUCUUAACUUUACUCCACAGACUAAAGAAUGAAAAUGAGAUCUUAAUGGACCAACUGCACACCCUGAAGGAUGAGAACGGCAAACUGCUGAGACUCGUGAGCGAAAAGGAUUUUGAACUCAAACACAUUCAGAAGACGAGAGAGGAGGAGAGACUGGCGUUCACUGGCACAUCGGGGCUGGCGGGUGACGCAGCCGCGGUCAAGAUCGUUGAACUGUCCAAGAAAAACAGGGAGCUGACGGCAGAAAUUGAGCGUGAGAGGGUCAAGUCAAAACAGAAGAGCAACGGCAUCAAAGAACUUGAGAAAGAGUUACAGAAUGCUCUGAUUAAUCCUGGGAGCAGUCAAACAAAGUCCCAGUCCGUUCAGGAUUCUGAGGAGCAGGGGAGCCCUUUGGUGAAGUCUCUCCAGGACAAACUGGCCGCUGCGCUCCUCAAAGUGUCUGAAUACCGCAACCAGGUGCAGGCUGUCAAACAGGAGCUGAGAAUAGCACACAAGGUUUUGUGCAGUGAGGUUGGAGAGGAGAUCAACCUGCAGCAGGUGCUGAGCUGUCCCGGGAGCUUCAGGGGCCGAACGCAGCACAUUCUGGCACUACAGACCAGGGUUCGUGAUCUGGAGCAGCAGCUGAUCCAGGCAACCCAACGCCGAUCCCCAAGCCUCAAAAGUCUGGACGAGCCCGAAUUUUUAGGCUCCCUGAAAAAAACUCUCCCACAAGAACGGAACCUGAAUUACAUCCGUGCCAUUGAAAAAGAGAAGCGGGAGAUGUUUGAGAAGAUUUCAGCCGAUUAUGAGGCUCUGCUCAAAGACUACGAGGAUGUGAAGAAAAAGCUGGAGGCCUCAAAAGCCCGAAACAAGUCCCUGUCAUCUGAACAAAAAAAUGCCAAAAGUCAGAUUCACACUCUUCUGGACAAGGGGAAGCAUGAUGAUGAACUAGUGGAUGCUCUGCUGAAGCAGCAGGCUCAGAUGCAGGACGCUCUCAAGCACCUGAGUCUUCAGCAGAGCCAACAGAGCCAGAAUGCUGACCCCGCCUCCUCUUCCUCCAGGUCUACACCCGCCUCCGAGCCCUCCUCCUCCUCCCACACCUCCACAGCUCUGGUGCACAAGCUGCGACAGGUGGUGGCAGAGAAAGACGCCCAGAUCCAACAGCUCAAGAGGCCAAUGCUGUCCUUAUAUAGGGAAGAAGCUGUGUCCAGUCAGUCCUUCAUCUGCAGUACAGGACCUUCUCCAAGAGAUGGCGACCUCCUCAAGCAAAACGCACCUGCUACAUCUGUGUCUAAAUUUGGUCAUAAACUGGUUCUGCCUGCGGUGGGGAGCAGCGCACUAUUCACCUCACUGGCUUCCACCUGCCCAAAGUGUUGUGCUGACGUGAGCUCCCUCAUCCUCCACUCCCCUGAGUAUAAAGCCCUAUACGCCGAGAAGGAGCACCUCCUAAACAUGAUUCAAACGCUUCAGACAAGAGGAGGUACUCUGUACAGAAGGUUCCUGAUGUUGAGCUCCAGGUACUCUUCACAGAAGGUUCCUGAUGUUGAGCUCCACAGUGGAGGAGGUGCUCUUUACAGAAGGUUCCUGAUGUUGAUCUCCACUGUAGAGGAGGUACUCCUUACAGAAGGUUCCUGUAAGGAGUACCUCCUUGCUGUAGAGGAGGUGAAGUGUUUGGUCUGUAACAAGCAGCUUGGAUACAGUAAUAACACCUCAUCUAUGCUGAGGCACUAUAGAGCCUUGAAUGAGAACAAGGAGACCAACCAAACUGGACCAAGCUCAGCAAACAUGGGUGCUUGUAACCUACGGGAACCUGUUGGAGCAGCAUUGGCAGGCCUCAAGACCGACAUAACACUGCUAACAUCAGAGCAGUACACUAUCAUAGCAGACAGUGUCAAAACUCAGGCUUCCGAGGAGGAUUCUGAGGAGGCUCCCGAGGAUGUUACAGAGGAGGUUUUAGAGGAGACUUUACGAGACAACCUUCUUUUCCACAGUCUUCAGGACCGGCAAAUCCAUAUGCUGGUCCAGAACCUGGAUUCUAGGGGUACCCGGAGAACCCGACAGGGAAGUAAUAUUGAUUCCCUUAAUGCCCAGCAACAAAUGCCAAAGACCUCUAUUGGCAUUUAUGCCAUCCUGCAUGAAGGGGAUGAUGGUGGCAAGGAAGAUCCAGAGGAUGUGGGAAUCAUCAUUGAGAGAGUCUCUCGAGUCGACGAGCUGGAGCAGUACACUCGGAGGGAGGACUUGAUCAUCUCGGGGCUGGAGACUCGACACCGGACCUACGCACGGGCGGCAGCUAACGCCGACACCUCAGAGGACGCGCCGAGAGGGGAGCUGCUGUCGCUGGAGCAAGAGGUGGUGGACUUUUUGAACACACAGGAAUAUUUCCAGAUCACAUGA